AUGUACCCGGACGUUAUUGCUAGUGAUUCUCAGCGACAGGGCGUCUCUCGACACCCAGGAGGAGGUAGUCGACAACCGUUGGCGAGGGGAACGACGUCGUUUGACGAUAUGUCGAUAGUCGAGGUGAUUUCGCUCGAGAACCCCCCUUCGAUGGCAACGGAAGGUUUCGAGGUGAUGCAGGUCGAUAAGAGAGGUCCUACUAGUACCGUAAAGACCGAGGGAGGUCGUAAGAACGCUCAGUGGUCGUUAGCGGACGAUCGUUUGAUGUUAGAACUGCUUACGGAGGAACAACGUCGAGGUCGACGGGCCGAUAACGGUUUCAAACGUGGUACGUGGGCGUCAGUCGCCGCUGAGGUGAACAAGAUACGUAGUAAGGGUGGGGAGAAGGACGAGAAGUCAGCUAAGUUCCGUUUUAACAAGCUCAAGAACGAAGGGUGGAAGCCCUGGAACACGCUGUUGAAACGCUACAGCCAGUCAGGUGCCGGAUUUGAUGAAGAGAUGAAUAAGUUGAGCCUCCCUGAUGGUGCGUGGGACGAAUUGAAGGAGUCUGGAACGAAGGACAAUCUAGCACUCUACGCACUGCGAGGCCGGAGUAAUGAACUCUACCUAUUGCUAGAUGACCUCUGUUCAAAGACUACCCCCGACGGUCGUUUCGCAAUCGACCCUUUCGCUACCGACCCUUCUCAAACACCCGGCGGUACAUCGAAAUCGUCGAAAGCGAUGGGGAAACGGCCCAAACCAGAAUCGGACGAUUCUAGCGACGAAUCUUCAGGCCCCGAGGUCCAGGUUACCCCCUCCCGACGAACUCCCACCAAACGUCAACGCACUUCAGUUCAGGCUGAUCUAAUCGAACGACUAGAUCGUUUAGACGAACGCAUGGAGGACCUAGCUAAACGAGACCCGGAGAAGCAGAUGGAGAGGGUGUUUAAGAAGCUAGCCGACGUCGUUACCGAACUCUCGCUCAGCAACGUUGACUACAACCGUCUCGUCAAUCACUUCACCGACCGGCCUGUUCGAGGGAUCGCUUUCUUGGCUACACCCGACGUACUCCUGGCCAACAGCGUGAAACGUAUGGUGGAGAUGGAACAGCAAAGGGAGGAAGACGAAGAGGCUAGCCGACAUCCGACACGAUCUACGAGAGCGAAUCCAUGUCGAUAA